AACAAGUUUGAUAUGUUAUCUUCCGCAGAUUGAUAGGUAAAGGAAGCUAUAAAUAGUGGAACAAAAACGAAAAAUGUGAAGUCUGGUUGAACUCUGGUUGAACUCUGGUUGAAGUGCAGUUGAUCUCCAGUUGUAUCAAAAGAUAAAACCCCUUUUAUGUAACAAUGCCUCUAGACUAUAUAAACUUGAAAAAAUGGCUGAAUGGACUCAUGCAGAAAUUCGUACUCUUAUUGAUGAACGUAGAACCAGAAACGAUGAGUUCCAUAACCUUGGGAGAAAUCGGGAAAGAUUCUGGGGUACUAUUGCGAGUAAGAUCAAUCAAGAGAAUGGGAUAUCAUUCAGCGGUCACCAAUGUAAAGAAAAAUUCUCGAAUCUCGUCUGGGAUUAUAAUGUAAGUUAUCACUAUAUUUGAGAACUUUGUUGUUAGCUCUACUAACUAUCCUUCAUGUCCGGUUAGACUAUGUGUGAUUUUAUGUCUGGUAAAAGUAAAGCCAGAAGUCGAACAGGUGCACGAUAUUUUGAUGAAUUUCGUACUCACUUUUGGGAGAGAUCAUCAACUAGGGAUGUCGAACGUGAAUUGAGAUCAUCUGAAAGACGGUUAAGCCGAAGUUCGUCUAUUAGUCGAAGUCAGUCACCACCUACUAGCCGAAGACAAUCGCCAUCUGUUAGUCGAAGACAGUCCCUUCCCGUUAGAGAAAGACGUUUGGAACUCCCGCCUGUUAGCUCAUUAACCACUAACGAUGAAAUGGAUAUUUCUGAUACAGAGCAGUUGGUUGGCCAGAGAAGAACUUC